UCGACAGGAAGACGAGAGCGAUAGAAGACUACUUAGUUACCGUUAAAAGCGCGGACGACUCAAGAGGUCGUCCGAACUCGCCCGGUGAAAAGAUUAAGGGAAUACCCGACUGUCAGCAGCCGUGGUACCGCGGAUUUCAUGACAGCCGUUUGACAGCGACGACGCGACAGCAGGCCACCUCGGCACCGGUGAGCUCUAUGACCAUGCUCCAGUCGCAAAAACUGUACGGCGAUGCGGGUGCCAUGAGCAGCGCCGCGAUGUCCAGCAUGGGCAGUAUGGCGCCCACAUAUAGCUCCAUCAACUCGAUGAGCUGCGUGCCGAUGGGCAUGUCGAUGGGCGUCGGGGUCGGGCCUAGCUGCAGCCCGCAGAGUGCCGGUGGCUUCAACAUGAGCACCAUGAGUUCAGCGAUGGGAAUGGCGUCGAUGGGUGGUGGCGGUAUGAGCGGUUACAGCAGCGCUUCUAUGGGCACCGGUGGUGCUUGUAUGAGUGCCGUCGGAUACGGACCCCUGACACCCAGCGGCGGUACCGGCGUCAGUCGGGAUCCUCUUCUGACCGAACCGGACUCGCCGAACUCGGCGUUGCAGCGCGCGCGUAACGAGAAAUCCUACCGUCGUAGCUACACUCAUGCGAAGCCACCGUAUUCCUACAUUAGUUUGAUCACCAUGGCGAUACAGAACGCGCCUCACAAGAUGUUGACCCUCUCAGAGAUCUAUCAGUUUAUCAUGGAUCUAUUUCCCUUCUACAGACAGAACCAGCAACGCUGGCAAAAUUCUAUCAGGCACUCACUCAGCUUUAACGAUUGCUUCGUUAAAGUGCCACGCACACCGGACAAGCCUGGUAAAGGAUCUUUCUGGACGCUGCAUCCGGACAGUGGUAAUAUGUUUGAGAACGGUUGUUAUUUACGACGACAGAAAAGGUUCAAGGACGAAAAGAAGGAGAUGACUAGGCAGAACAGCAAGCAUCAACAACAUCAGCAGCAUCAGGCGACAGCAGCGGCGGUGGCGGCUGCGUCCGGCGCGACUAUCACUGGCCAACAUAGCCCACCCACUCACGAAGGCGCGCCUGGUUCCAAGAAGACCAGCUCGUCCAUCCACCAUGGCGGUCCUCCGCAGCAAGACGACAAGGAUCUGCACGGGUUGGUGCCCUCGCAUCACCAUCAUCACGCCGCGAGUCUCCAUCAACACCAUACCGCCCUGAAGAGCGAUACCACCGAUAUCGGUGGCCUCCUAGUGCCCGAUCUCGGUGCCGCGCACGACGAGCUUACCGCUAUGGUCAGCCGCAGUCUCCAUCCGCACCUAUUGUCCGAUACCGCGAGCUUGCAUCACGGUAUGACAGGUAGCUUGAAGCAGGAACCACUAUAUGGAACGGCAGCCAAUCAUCCGUUCAGCAUCAACAGGUUAUUGCCGCGAGAUACCACUGGUACCUCGCCCGGCGCCCAAGAUACCAAGCCACCCGAGAUGAAGAUGUACGAACAGCUGCACCAGAGCUACACCAACUUCGGCUCGCCCCAUCAUCCGCACGCGCACUCGGCGCCGCCCGGACACCAUCAUCACAACGGCAUGCACGCCGGCACGAACGCCGCCGGGCCGAUGCACAUGACGAAUCAUCAUCAUCAAGAGUAUUAUCAGAGUCCGCAUUAUCAUCACGCCACAAGCGUGGCCACCACGAGCGCACCGCCUCCCGCCGUUGCAACCGCGACGCCGGGCUUGUGACAUCACGCCACCCACCCUUACGCUUUGGCCUGAGUCGCUGCCGCGGCAUAUGCCGCCGCCAGCGCUGCCGCACCCCCGAUGCCACCCCCGACGUCGGAUCUGUCCGCGAUCACGGUGACGACCGCGACGGCCGCGGCGCCGACGACGUCCCCCGCGACCUCGUCCACCGUCUCGUCGUCGCCGCGUACGCAAUCACGCCGGCGCGCCCGUCGCCCUGAUAACGACGACAUCGUCGACGCCGUCGUCUGCUGGCCGCCCGACGACGACGACGAGUACGACGAUGAGAAUGAGGACGAGGACGAGGAAAACGUCAUCUACAGACGGUAGAGUGCUUGCUGUCGGGAGGUAGGAUUCCUCAGGGUAUUUCGGCUCACUGUUACGGUUCAUCGUCUCGACGAUCGGCUUAAUUAUUAUGUUACCAGUGUUGAGUAUAUGCAAAUAGCGAUUGUUAUAUUUUGGUAAUUAGUAGAUGAUCAUACUAAACAAAUUAAUGCAAAUUAUUUAGUCUCUUUGGAGAGAAUUGUAAAAUAUUUUCCACUUUCUAUAAGAUAUUCUCUUUUAUAUUCUCUCUCUUUUAUAUUCUCUCUUUCAUCUAUAUGAUCUACUUUUUUUCCUUUAUAUUCUUUCCUUUUCUGUAUAUUUUCUCUUUUAGUUUUAAAUCGUCCUCGACCCGCGCUUCGAGUAUUAUAUAAUGAUUAUAUAAUUCGCGAAUAAAUUCAAAUAUUGAAUUAUACUAGCGGUACAAAGGUUUAAAAUGAAGGGAAUUAAAAAAAAGGUUAAUCAAUGCACAUGACUGACAUAAAGACAUUACGUUUUUAUGCUAUAAUAAUGACGAGUAAUUUUUUUAUAUAAAAACUGAUUUCUUUAUUUACAUAUAAACAUUGUACAAUGUUUAUGUACUAUUUGGAAGGAAAAACAGUUGUGUAUUUAUUUAUAUUUUAUAUAUAUGUUUGUAUUAUCAUUGACAAAAAUAAUGCAUAAAAGAAAAUUUAUUAUUUUUUAAUUUAACAUUUAUCACAUCACACAUUUUACAAGCAAUUUUUGAAAUAUCUAGAUUAAAAAGAGAAUAUAGAGAUCAUAGAGUUUUGAAUAAAGACUUAUAAGAAGCAGAAACAGUAUUUACGUGUAGCUUCCAAACUUUAGUAAUAGGAAGGUGACAUUACUGUGUAUUAUCCUUUGACAGGAAUAAAUGGGAAAAUAAUAUUUACAUGCGUAUACAAUCUUCGUUGCUCGUAUUAAACUUAUGUCCGUUACUGUAUGUUGUCAUUCAAACUGACAAUGACUUGGUAAGCAUCGUUUCAAGUACAAUUGCAAACAACAAUCACGAUAAAGAAGAUUAAAGCCUACUUUAAACGAUCUUUAAUUCGCGGCAGAAUUUCAUUCAUAAUUUCGGCACGCGAUAUGGAAAACGUUUGUCAAAUCAGAUUACAUGACAUAAAAAAUAAAAUUAUGAAUAGAAUUUUAUGCCAUUUGUGUUAGUGUUCUGUAAUGUUUCAUGAGAAGAGAUCGGGCGAGUCGAUUUUUUCUUUCUGUUUCUAAAAAUGCCCGAUAUUCUGUUGGUUAUUUGAAAUUUAUUAUCGUCAUUUUAUAUCACAAUAUCAUUCCGUUGAAUUUAUCUCGUGUACACUGGAAAAGGUUUUCGAGAGAAAUGUGCGAAUAUCCAGAAACAUACUGAAUCAUAUUGCAUUCCAUUAUUGUCGCCUUUAUCAUAUCGAAAAUUCAAUGUAAUCGCGCGAUUUCGUUGAAUUGCGUGAGAAUUUUUUGUGAUACGCACGAAUGAUGCAUUUUCACGCGAUAAGCGGAAUGCGUCUCGUCGCUAUGUUCCAUUUCUUGCACGUUAUACCAAGAUUACGUAAUGACUCGGCACACAUUUCCGAAUUUAUAAAUAAUUACUUUUUAAUCGAAUUCACAUAAUGAUCGUCCAACAAAUUUAAUAAGAUGACAAUGUGUAUUAAGUUAAUUAAAAUUCAAUAUUCGAACUGCUAGAUUUCUUUCAUAGAUUUUACUAGAGAAAUAAAGUUCCAAAAAUAGAGCAUCAAAAAGAGAUAAUCGUGAUAAUAAUGUCUAUUAAUACUGUUAAUAAUAUUCAGCAGAUUUUAGAUAAACAUUUUUAAGUCAAAAAUAAUAAAAUUGAUAUUUUUAAUAAAACUAUCUAGCUUCUUUAUAUGACAAUUAUAAAUUCAUUCAUCUAUUAUUAUUAGCCGCUGUUUUUCCUCUUUUUCAACGAGAAGCAAAAGAUAUUUUUUUGCUUUUCACAGAAGAAGAAGGAUGGACUGAGAAUAAUCUCAGUCGUGGAAGAAUCUUUUAUAUACCGAUGUCUAUUAUUAGAGAACUACCCAUUAGCUUCAAACAUUAUCCUGUACGUGUUAAUUGCCCGCUCUGUAAGCUUAUUGGACAAGAUCAUUAUAUCAGUGAUGAUAUCGAUUCCGAGACAAAAUAUUAUAUGUUGAGACGGGUGAAGUUUUAGCUCCCCAAUAUUAAAAAAAAUUAAAUUUUUUUACAUGAUUUGAUUGCACAUUGUUUGCA